CCCACAGCGCCCGCCCCGCUCCAGCCCCGCUCAGCGCUGCGGCCCUUUCCCAGCUUCAUAUCCCCUGUUCCCUUUCCCUCCGCAGCGCCAUGCGGGUCUGUCCUCGUUCCGCGCUGCUCCUGGUGCUGCUGGGGGUGCUGCGCCAUGGCGGUGCCUCAGGUCUUCUUGAGCUCUCCUUGGGAAAAUUCAGGAAUGUACUCCUUAACCAGACCAGCCCAGUGGAAGCUGUGAUCAGGAACAUCGGCAGCAAUGUGACUGUUGUUGUUUUUCAAGUGCAUGCCCAGCAGAGUGAUGUGGUGAUAUCCUUUGAUAAGACUCCAUCUGUGAACAGCUCAGGAGUUGGAGUGGACAGAGGGUUGGUGUCCAUCCUCCGGCCUCAGCAGACCGUGUGCACGUGGUACCUGCGGGCACUGGAUGCUGGGCAGGUGCUCAGCACAGCCAUCUCCAUUCCCUACAUGGAGAAAGAUCCCAUUCCUGGAGGCUGCAAUCUAGAGUUUGACUUGGAAGUGGAUCCAAAUCUUUACCUGGACUAUACAUUGGUUGAUAUACACAUCAAGUUUGCCCCUGCAAACUUAGGAUAUACCAGGGGAGCAAACCCCCCGUCCUGUGACUCGGGGACAGGGCAGAGCUCGCGGUGGCGGCUGCGCUAUGAUGUCUACCAGUACUUCCUGCCUGAGAACGACCUGUCUGAGAUGGUGCUCGUGAGCCACAUCAGGAAGAUGUCUGAGGUGCAGAGUAUCAAAGCCAAUGGCAUUAAGAUGCUCACUCUGACAACUGAUGACAAGACCAAUAUCUACUUUUCCUCGCUUCCCGGGCAAGGUGUGAUCUACAAUGUCAUAGUUUGGGAUCCCCUCUGGAACACUUCUGCUGCCUACAUCCCUGUGCACACAUAUGCCUGCAGCUUUGCUGACCUGGUGGAUAACUGCUCUUCCCUCAGUAAACUCUCUACCAAAGUGUUCUUCACUGCUUUUGCUGUUCUUGGUCUUUUCACCUGCUUUUUUGGGCACAGAUUCUGGAAAACAGACUUGUUCUUCAUGGGCUUCAUAGUCUCAGCAUUCUUCUUCUUUGUGUUCAUCACAAGGGUCACUGGCCUUGGUUAUGAUGUGCGUCUCAUUUUGACGGCAGUGGCUGGAAUUGUUGGGGGGCUGCUCUUGGCUGGGAGCUGGUGGAGAUUUGGCUCUGUCCUGCUCUGCAUGUUUGUUGUUGGACUCGUGCUGGGAUUUCUCUUUGUGUCCAUGCUCUUCUUCACUCCUCUAGGAGACUACAGGGUGUUCCGUGAUGAUGUGGUGUUCUGGGUGACCUUCACUUCUGUGGCCUUGAUGGUUCCAGUGCUUUUUGUUGGCUGCCCAAGAAUUCUGAACAUCCUGGCUUCUGGAAUAGUGGGCUCUUACACAGUAGUCCUUGCAAUUGCUUGUUAUGUCUACACAAGCCUUGCCUACAUCACCUUGGACCUGCUCCGAAGGGUCCUCAACGACUACUUCAACAGAGCUUACACCAAUGUGCCUUUCCAGAGGAACGACCUGAUUAUCCUGUCAGUGUGGGCAAUGCUGGCCCUCAGUGGGGUGACUGUGCAGCUGCGUCGGGAGAGGAGUGAGGUGCCCUUCCCACCACACCCCUAUCUCACCUGGAAGCGGGAAAGGGAGCGUAGGAGCACCAAUAUCCUGGACCCCAGCCAUCACAUCCCUCCCCUGAGAGAGAGGAUCCACAACAAGCUGCUGCACAUCAAAGAGUUCUUUCAGAAAGACCAGCCGGCCGGGGAGAGAACUCCACUGCUUCUGUAACGUGGCACGACUGGUGGGAACAGAGAGGAAGGACCUUGGAAUGGCAAGAUGAUUCCCAGCAAACCAGGCAGUGGUGCAGGGUUUACCACUGCUCCUUUGUCCUGCUGAUUGAGAGGUUUGCCCAGCAGGAGCAGUUCCUGUCAGUACACACUACAUGCCCUCUGUAGCUCAACUGUAACGUGCUCGUGUCCAGCUGCAGGGCCUUGUCCUCGGGGUUCAUCUCAGGGUGGUCUAGGUUGCUCUUUGGGUGUGGGGAGUGUCAAACAGCCCUUGGGAAAGCAACCUGGACCAUCCUGGCUGUUCCCUUGUGUGUGGGAAUCACUGCUAAGGUACUGCCUGGGUCACUCCUGAGUGUGUCCAGCUGCCAGGGCAGAGACAAGGACAUACCCAGGAGUUCCAGCAGGAGCUGCAGCAUCACCUCGUACAGGUACAGAAUGUGUGGCUGCAGGCACAGCCAUUCCCAGCAGAGUUCCUGAGCCUUGCAGGCUGGACCAAGAGACUUGAGUUUAAACUGCACUGAAUGAACUGUUGUCCGUGUGCACUCCAGGGCUCGGGAUGUGGACCUGACCUGGGAUGAGAAGACUCUCCCUCCUUUGGGUGGUUCUGUAGCAAGCUGGUCAUCUGCUCUGUGUGCAGAGGUGAUUGCCAAGAGAACACGAGAAGUUUGUCUCCCCGUUUGCUUUCUGAACAGCCUGUGUCUUGUCUCUGCUCUGGUAUGAUCUCUUCCUUUGAAGGUGCUGUUAUAAAAGAAAAAAACCAAGUAAGCUCUUCGUAGCCAGUGGCAAUUUUUUUCCCUGGAGUUGGCUGAAACACUAAUGUUUAUUUUUAAUCAUCUUUUAAUUUUGCCUGUCAGGGAUGUGAAAACAGCAUUCAGCCAGCAAAAUACUGACCAGGAUCUCUGCUGACUGAAUGUAUUCCUUACCUAUUGGAAUUGCUUCUGCCCAAAGCAGAAUGUGGGAUAAAAGCAGAUGAGGGACCACUCUUGUGUCCAGUGGAGGAUUGGGAUCUCGUGUGGUGGCUUUAUUCCCUUCCUAAAAACCAAAACCAAAGGUGGUUGAAGUGUUGCAUCCUGUAUCCUGAUACAGGUUAUAGUGACUCUUCCUUCUCCCUGGUUUUGAGCCUUUAGCAAGGGCAGCCAAGUGCACAGUCCUUCCUUUAUGGAACCUCCACGAGGACAUUCCCCAGUGGUGGAAGCUGAAGUUCUCAGCCCCUGCUUUAAAUUUUGGUAGUGAGUAAGUGAGAAACAACUCUUCCUAAGGAAACUGGUUUCUCUGGGAGCUUAGUUGGAAGUUAAAACACCCUGGCAAUAAAAGGCUGGCAAUUAAUGACUUUAACAUGACUUUUCUUCAAGGAGUGAAAGCUCAGUGACACAGUGUCUGAGGUGACUGAACUCUCCUGAAGUUUAGGGAGACAAAUCCCGUGGUUGCUUGGAGCUGGAACAGCAAAGCAAGGCUGAAAUCCUGCAGUUUGGGGCUUGUUUCCCUGUGCUGUUGUGCGGGAUAAAGGAGGUGCUCUUCCCUGGGUCUCACUGACUGAUCCUGAGCAGUCCCUGCCCUGGAUGAUGGCAAGGAGCAAACACUUGUGGUCUAGAAAUGCUCUUAACCGUGUUUACCAUGGUGGGGUUUUUAUAAUUGCUGUGAUUAACGUCAUGCAAGAAACAAGCCUAACUCGAAUUUUCUAUGUCUUUUAUAAUAAAGAUGUCUUUUGGAAA